CACACACACAAACACACGGGAACGUACACACACAUAUUCAAUGUCACGAACACACACACACAGCCCCCCCAAAACGCUCUCUCUCUUUGCCACGUACACACACACAUCCAAUAGACUCGCACAAGUCUUCAAAUAUCACGUCACUGAAAAUCAGUGUGUGCUGAGCCUUGCAUUUCACUGUGCGGCCCGAUGCUACCCAACGUUAGCGGCUGGCGCUGUGUGUUUCUAGAGAGUGGAGCUAAUGGUUAAACUGUGUAACGCUACGGCCUGUUAAUUUUUGUGAGUGGCGUGCUGUUUUCCGUCUCGACGGUGUACGGAAGAGACCUUCAGGCUGUCUGGGGCUGACAGGUGUACUUUACAAGCUUUGUUUACAAGGGUGACUGACAUCUCUUAUCGGGACAGUGAGAAGCUCAGAGCGUCAAGAGCGGAACUGCUGAGCCGCCGCCCACCCCUUCCACCCCCGCCCCCCCCUCCCGGCCCAUCUCUCCUCCCUCUAUGUCUUCCUCUGCAUCUAUUUCCUUCCCUUCCUCCCUCGGUUGCCUCUAACUCGCUCUCUCUGUUCCUCUCUCUCUCUCUCUCACUUGUUCUCCAGCAUCUCUCUCUCUCUCUCUAGCUCUCCCUCUGUCAGACUCUCUCGUUCUCUGUGUUUCGGGGGCAAGAGGACAAGGCCAUCUCGUCAGGGUAGUCUGCAGGGGUGGCAGAGCCACAACAUUUGACAGAGCAUCAGGAGACCGGUGGGACUGCACAGUGGAUCCUCUCCGUCCGAGACGGCGCACAGAGUUUCGGCGGCGAGGCAAAGAGGAGCUCCAGGGUUUAACCCGGGUGCCGGGAGUCCGUCUCCGAAGAGGAACACUUAGAUCCCCUCUCCGCCCGUGAGAGGCAGCUGAAGGGAGGUGACGCCGCCGUCGACCGCCGCCAUGUCUCCCUUCCUGCGGAUCGGGUUCACGCGAUUCGAGAUGGACCCGGGGCUGGAGUACCACGAGGAGGUGCUGAACCCCUACUGUGCCGUCCAGAUGAAGGAGCCCGUCGACACAGAAAAGGGUCCUGCGUACAAGCAGAGGAAGCCCACCAUGUACCCCCCGUGGAGCACCACGUUCGACGCCCACAUUCACCCGGGCCGCGUCAUGCACGUGAUGGUGAAGGACCGCACGGCCGAGCUGCGCUCCGAGGCCACCCUGGCCCUGGAGGCCCUGGCCACGCGCUGCGUCAAGGAGAGCGGCAAGCUGGAGUUCUGGCUGGACCUGGCUCCUCAGGGCCGAGUGCUGAUUGAAGCCAGGUACUACAUAGAGAAGUGCGAUGGCCAGGGUAAGGACAGCGAGGGGGCCGGGGAGAACGACCGGCAGAGCCUGUUCACGCUGCACCAGCGCCGCGGGGCCAUCAAGCAGGCCAAGAUCCACCUGGUCAAGAGCCACGAGUUCAGCGCCACCUUCUUCCCCCAGCCCACCUUUUGCUCCGUCUGCAAGGAGUUUGUCUGGGGUCUUAACAAGCAGGGGUACCAGUGCAGACAAUGCAACGCUGCCAUCCACAAGAAGUGUAUAGACAAGAUCAUCGCCAAAUGCACCGGUUCAGCCAUCAACAGCAAAGAGACCAUGAGCCACAAAGAGCGCUUCAAGAUCGACAUGCCACACCGCUUCAAGGUGUACAACUACAAGAGCCCCACCUUCUGCCAGCACUGUGGCACGCUGCUAUGGGGUUUGGCCAAGCAGGGGCUCAAAUGUGAGGAGUGCUGUAUGAACGUCCAUCAUAAAUGCCAGAAAAAGGUGGCCAACCUCUGUGGAGUCAACCAGAAGCUGAUGGCCGAGGCUCUGGCCGGCAUAGAGACUAAGCAGCUGCAGGCUAAAACCAGCAGUGACAGCGAGCUGAUUGGUCGAGAGGGGCCGGUGAGUGUGGACCAGCCAGGCGUGGUCCGGGUCCCGUCCGGACCGAUCAUGGGCUUACCGGCCACCCCCGCCAGUAGAGACGUUCAGGGCGUGUCGUGGUACGUCUCCCUGGACGAGGAGGAUGUCGAGCAGGAGCCCUCGCCCAGCGACCCCGGGAAGGGGCCCCCCCCAGAGGACCAGGAGCCCCUCUAUGCCGUGCCCAGGAAGGACCACCAGAGGUUCACCCUGGACAACUUCGUCCUGCACAAGAUGCUGGGCAAGGGCAGCUUUGGCAAGGUGUUCCUGGCCCAGCUGAAGAGCACGGGGCAGUACUACGCCAUGAAGGCCCUGAAGAAGGACGUGGUGCUGAUGGACGACGACGUGGAGUGCACCCUGGUGGAGAGGAGGGUGCUGUCCCUGGCCUGGGAGCACCCCUUCCUCACCCACCUCUACUGCACCUUCCAGACCAAGGAGAACCUGUUCUUUGUGAUGGAGUACCUGAACGGAGGGGACCUCAUGUUCCACAUCCAGAGCUGCCACAACUUUGACCUGCCCAGAUCCAAGUUCUACGCUGCCGAGAUCAUCUGUGGCCUCCAGUUUCUGCACUCUAAAGGAGUUGUUUACAGGGACCUGAAGCUGGACAACGUGCUGCUGGACUCUGAGGGACACAUCAAGAUCGCUGACUUUGGGAUGUGCAAGGAGAACAUGAGCGAGGACGCCCGGACCGCCACCUUCUGCGGGACCCCUGACUACAUCGCCCCUGAGAUCCUGCUGGGCCAGAAGUACAACAGCUCGGUGGACUGGUGGUCGUUCGGCGUGCUGCUGUACGAGAUGCUGAUUGGCCAGUCUCCCUUCCACGGGCAAGACGAGGAGGCGCUCUUCCAGUCCAUCCGCACCGACAACCCUUCCUACCCCCCGUGGCUGCCCAAGGACGCCAAGGACAUCCUGGUCAAGCUGUUUGUGAGGGAGCCUGAGAAGCGGCUGGGCAUCAAGGGAAACGUCAGACAGCACAUCUUCUUCAGUGGCACCGAUUGGGACGCCAUGGAGCUACGGCAGGUGGAGCCGCCCUUUAGGCCCACAGUGAAGUCGGCCAGCGACUGCAGCAACUUCGACACCGAGUUCCUCAACGAGAAGCCGCGGCUGUCCUGCGCCGACCGGGCGCUCAUCAACAGCGUGGACCAGACCAUGUUCAGGAACUUCUCGAUGGUUAACCCUGGGAUGGCCCGUGUCAAGGCAUCCUGAACAAGGGGGGGAGGGAUAGAGAGGGACAUACCAAAGUCUGACAACCAGCCAACUUGGCCCAAGUUGUCACUUGAAGGUGACAUAUUAUACCACCAGGUGUGAGUGCCGUACAAGCAGUUUUGAAAAUCGGCCAUACAUCUAGGUGGACACGCCCACUUGGGAUGUCAGAAGAGGCUGAUUUUUCAAAACGGCUUGUAAUGGCUAAUUACACACACACCUGGUGGUAUAAUAUGUUACCGUUAACUAACAAUUGACUGAACCUGCAUACCAGAUGAGGGACAGAAGACCGGGAAAACUCUACACACCUCUGAUGUCACGCAACGACAACGAUGAAUACCUAGCUUCUCCCAUGAGAUCUGUUCGAGAUGAGGACUACAGUUCAAGAACAUGAACAAAAGCUGUUUCACGAUUUUUUCUGCAAAACUAAAUAUUCAAAGGCUUUUGUAGCACUGUGGCCAGUCAGAAUGUGUUUUUGCGUAUUUGAAAUCUAGGUGUUUUUAGUCUUACUGUUCUGUGGCCACCGAUUCGUUAACGUGUACGGUGCUUAAAAAUACAGAAUCUGUGGUACUUAAGCGGUACUGUUUUGUUUACAUCCUAUGGUGUUAAUUAUGUUCAGAGCUUCGCACUUGAUGUAAGGGUGAGUGGAUCUGGGUACUGGAGAGGCUUUUAAUUGUUUCUUCUAAUGUGAUUCCUGUAUGAUCAUUGAAGCAUUAAGUAGUUGAUUUUGUAGUUUUUUUUCUUGAGAGUUUGUCUGUAUUCCUUUUAGGGAACUACUUGGUGUUGGGAAAUUACUUUUUCAAUGGCCAAUAAAUAAGUAUUAACCUGA